AUGGUAUCAGAGCUUCGCCGUACGUACGCCGCUGUGGUCACUAUGAAUCCUGAUGCCACUGAGCGAAACGUCGCCGGAGAUGGAACAGCUUCAACACCGGCCAAUCAGAUCCCCAUUAAUCAAAGCUCUGUGCAUCGGAUCGAGGAGUUCGAUGACCCGAUGUAUCUCCACAUUACGGAGAAUCCAAAUCUGGUGUUGGUGUCACCACCACUGUCUGAACACAACUACGCCUCAUGGAGCAGAUCCAUGAAGAUAGCCCUAGGUGUGAAGAACAAAUUCGGAUUUGUGAAUGGAGCGAUUGCUAAGCUUAAUACAGCAGAUCCUAAGUAUCAUGUGUGGAAAAUGUGCAAUGACAUUGUAUGUUCCUGGAUCCUGAAGUCCUUGAACUCAACGAUUGCAGAAAGUGUUUUGUAUUUUGAAUUUGCAGAGGAUAUAUGGAAUGCUCUCAUGAAACGGUAUUCUCAGGUUGAUCCACACCGAAUUGCAGAAGUUCAGAAUGAGAUUUUUAAGUCUAUGCAAGGUAAUAUGUCAAUAAAUGAAUAUUUCACUAGAUGUAAUGCCUUGUGGGAGCAAUUGAAUGCUAUGAGACCUCUGCCAGUAUGUGAGUGUGUACCUAGGUGCUCAUGCACUCUCAUGACUAAGAUCCAGAAGGAAAGACAAGAUGAUCUGGUCAUCAGGUUCCUUGAAGGCCUUAAUGAAGAGUUUGAAGCUAUAAAAUCCGGAGUGUUAGUAAUGGAUCCGGUUCCUACUAUGGAGAAGGUCUUAAACAUGGCUUUAAAACUGGAAAGGAAGAUCAACAAUUCUGUUAACCACAAGAAUAAUGAAGUUAUACAAUCCAAUGCUGUUCAACAUGAUCCUAAUCAAUAUGUUGAUGAACAGAAUGCUGUGGCAAUGGUGAUUGGAAACAAUAAGAGAAGAUUCAGUAACAAUGGAGGAAAGAGUGUGCCUAAAUGCACAUAUUGUGGGAUGAAUGGCCACACAAUAGACAAAUGUUAUAAGAAACAUGGGUACCCCCCUGGCUGGAUCCCUGGCUAUAAGUCCAAAAACAGGCAGAACCAAGAGGUGCAAUAUAAUCAUGCUACAUCUGUUAAUCAAGUUGGUGAUGUAGGCUUGAGUACUGAGCAGUUCCAGAAGCUGCUGACCUUACUGCAAAGCUAG